GGGCGGGGCGGCGGCGCGGCCCGGCGGGUCCCCGCUGCUCCCCGCGGCACAGGCGGGGCCGGGGCCGCCAUGCUACCGGCGCUGCCGGACGGCGAUGAACGGGAGCUGGAGAGCAGCGAGGAGGGCGGUGGUGCGGGCGAGGAGCGGCGGCCGGAACGGCACGGCUGCACCUACCACGGUCUCUAUGGCUACCGCAGGUCCGUGCAGCAGGGAGCUGCCGGCGGGGAUGGCAGUGCCGGCGGCGCCGUGGCACACACACCCUCCACCGAAGACUUCAGCCUCUCCUUACUGGACACCAAUUUACCAGCUGAAGCAGAGACGGAGUUGCGCAGUUUCAUCGCUAAGCGUCUUACUAAAGGAGCGCUGUUUGAAGGAAUGGGAAAUGUAGUAUCAGUGGGGCUGAGCAUACCAGAAAGUAGAGUUGGUUGUUACUACUGUCGUUUCCAACAAGAAAGUCUUCUGGAAAUGGCAACGUUGGAAUCAGACAUCAGCACUCCAGAAUAUGUGGUUUGUUUCUUAGGUGGCUCAGAGAAAGGUCUGGAACUUUUCAGGCUUGAGCUGGACAAGUACAUUCAAAAUCUGAAGAUAAACUUUGAUUUGGAGCAAAAAAAUUUGGAGACCUGUGUUAGCCCCUACCUGAGGAGCUGGUUUGAGGAUGCCAUCUGCCCUAUCCAGAGGGUUGUGCAGCUCUUCCAGGACAAACUUGCCUCUCUGCUACAUGCUGCUCUGAGUUACACUCCUGUAGAAGUCAAAAAUGCAGAUGAAAGAACAGAAAAGGACAUUAGCAGGUUCCUGGCAGCUGCCAGCCUCCAAGGGCUUGUCCAGGAAGGCACAAUGACCUCCCUGUGCAUUGCCAUGACAGAGGAACAGCACAAGUCCAUGGUUAUAGACUGCAGUGGACCUCAGCCCCAGCUGCAUAAUGCAGGAAGCAACAGAUUCUGUGAGGACUGGAUGCAAGCUUUCGUGAAUGGUGCUGAGGGUGGAAAUCCAUUUCUCUUCCGGCAGAUUUUGGAAAACUUUAAAUUGAAGGCUAUUCAGGACAUUAACAACCUGAAGAGGUUCAUCCGCCAGGCUGAAAUGAACCACUAUGCUUUGUUCAAGUGCUACCUGUUCCUAAGGAAUUGUGGCAGUGGAGACAUCCUGCUGAAGAUUGUGAAAGUAGAACAUGCAGAAAUGCCAGAAGCCAGGAACGUAGUGACCGUCCUGGAAGAAUUCAUGAGAGAAACAUCAGUGGCUUAAAAUAUCUUAUGUAUAAAUAAUUAAUUUCUGUGCAGCUAUUGCAGGAAUUUUAAUUUAUAUUUAAAAGUAUUGCCUAAGUCAAACCUUAGUUGCAGUUUCACCUGCCUUUCCUUAUUUUUAGACAAAGCACUAUGAUCUUUUUUAAUGUGUAAAUAUCAGAUAAUACAAACUCCUGCAGAGUUUUCAAAUUCUCCAACUGACUUGCUCCUGUUCUGAGAAAAUCAUAUUUGAUUUUUACAGUCAUUGCAAGACCAAACCCAAAUCCCUUAUCUAGCAAACAUUUCACUGUUUUAAAUAUUUUAAAUAUCUUAAAAAUCACUUAGAUCUGGCUACUGUGUUUUAAUAAAGAAGUACAAACAGCUGGACAGAUCUAGAUAAUGAAUUGAUCAUUUUAGUUUAGAUUAGAGAACCUAGGUACCAAGUCUGUAGCUGGUCUCUGCUUUCAAACUGCUGGUUUGUUGUGCUGCCACUGGAUAAACAAGUUGGUAAUUGGUAUGAAACAGCUGCCUUAAGACUGAACCGUUGCAGUGAUCAGUUUGUAUGUGUGCAAACCUACACAUAACAGGUAUGAGAAAUUCCCAGGUUUUUUGAUGAAUCCCCUCCUUCCUUAGUCUGAGAUGUAAUCAAGACCUUCUUAUAUUACAGUUUUGCAUAACUAAAUAAUCUUACGUUUUUCAAUCAUGAAGAAACUAAAAAGUUUCCACAUUUAAUGUUAAGACAUUUUCAGAAUAUGAAGUAUAUGAACUUCCCAAAUUAAUUACUCAGACUUUAAAACAUUUCACUGUAUCAGCAAUGGAUUCUUACCCACAUCAUGUGACAUAUAGGCAGCAGAAUACCUGAAGAAAAUCUUAGGCUACAGCUGGCAUAAAAACUCAUCAAGUCUCUGCUUCAUGAGGUUAUGAGUUCAUAACCUCAUAAAGAGGGUGAUUUCUGCAAACCUGAUAAAAGCAGAAUUCCCUGUUGGUUCCCUUUGCAGCAGAGGAUGUUUUAACUCCCCCUAAAACAGUGCCUGUAACUAACACAGCUCAGUUUGACUUGUGCUGGUGCUCUGUACUGUGAGGGCAGGAAUUGCACCGUGUUGAACCCAUAAUAAAGUUGACAAUAAAACAUUGAAAUCCUCAA